AUAAAUCAUACCCUAUUCAGUAUAUUUGGUACUCUACUCGUUUCCUUUAUCUUUUUCCUCUCUAGUGGUCCUUCCAAUUCUCCUUUGGGGUUUUUCAUCUAUCGAAAGAAGGAGAAAACAAUGAGCCGCUUUUCUGAUUAAUCCGCGAAGACCAAACUAAUUAUCACUCAUCAAAAGUUUGUUAGUCCCAUUUGUGCAUUUCACGUAGUUUGCUUGCUCAUACACAUAUGUUUGAUUUCUAUAGUGCAUUUUGUGAUUGUGAGGUCCGUGAUUAUUUGUGAAUUUCAUCUUUAAUAGAUUUCAUGACUAUCACCCGCGUUGGGUCUGAUGAAGAUAUUUCCGUUGAUAAGAAAAACUCAGUUCCAUUUCCAACAUCAGCCUCUGAUAAUGAAUCUUCCUGUUUUGAUUGCAACAUUUGCCUUGACUCAGCACAUGAUCCUGUAGUCACCCUCUGCGGUCACCUCUACUGCUGGCCUUGCAUUUACAAGUGGCUCCAGGUUGAGAGCUCUGGACCAGGAUCAGUAGAGAACCCUAAAUGUCCAGUCUGUAAAGCUCACAUUUCAAACUCCUCUCUGGUGCCUCUCUAUGGUCGUGGGAUAUCAUCAUUAGAGUCUGAACCCAAGAAGGAUCAGGCAGAUGUAGACAUACCUCAUAGGCCUCGAGCUAUUAGGACGAUGACACCGCAUAAUUCAGACUCUCCAAUCUCUCGCUUACAUCAGAGACUUCGUCAAACUUCUGUCUACCCUCCACGACCCUCCACAUUUCAACAUCACCGGCAAUAUCUCCCCCAAGCCUUUGGUAACUACGCAGCUUUGGCUCCAUCUAGCUUUGGGAGCACAGCAAUGACCAGUUUGUUCAGCCCAGUGGUUGGUGUGUUUGGAGAACUGUUUUCUUCAAGACUGUUUGGAAUCGCUUAUCCUCAUCCUAGAUCUUAUCUCAUCCGAGGACGCAGUGGUCUUAGAAUGAGAAGGGAAGAAAUGCAGAUGGACAAAUUUCUCAACAGAUUGUUCAUCUUUCUUUUCUGCUGCUCUAUCUUGUGCCUACUCCUGUUUUGAGGUUCAUAUAAUGUUUAUCUUCAUCAUAUAUUUGUAUAAAUAUGUGGUUGUGCUUACAACAAUCAGGUAAUAGUUCAUAGUAGACAAAUAUAGACUAGUAAGAGAUUUAGUAGAAAUAUAGCUUUAUACACCAUGCUAAUGUUGCUUCAUUUCCUUAUCCUUGUGCCUCUUUUGGCAAAAUUGUACUGUUUCUUCAGAAAAUAGCAACAGAUGAAACAUGUUAGUUUGUUUAUAUUGUUGAUACUUUGAGUUGCUUUGUGCA